AUGGCGGCUACCACCAUGAACCCAGGCGAUUUGUACCAUGAUCCGUCCCUCGAUGGCCUCGUCCAACCACAUAGCGACCCCCGGUACAAUGGUCCAGUCGAUGACGGCAUGAGUCGACCAUCGCGCCGAACAUCACAUCCAGAUUCGCGGUCCCGGCGGGUGAGUGGCCAGGUCUUUGAUUCUGCCGAUUUCAUGCCCUUUGCGCCUGAGGUUCCUCGUGGACCUCCGAAUGCGUACCGGGACGCGGGCGCGGCAGAGCCUGUAGUAGCUGGCCCUCCGCCGCAGAGGAGCUUUUCGCAGCGCGCGAAAGGCAGGCCAUUCGCGAAGGAAGCUUUCGAGGACGUCGAUAGCGACGGAAGAUACCCGGCUCGAGGGUCGUCUCAGCAGCCUGGCCCGAUGCCGACCGAUAUGAACACCUCGCGAAGAGCUGUCCAGCCUCCAUCUCAGCCACAAACGGUCGAGCGAAUCGCAAAGCCUUACGAAAGCCCAGCGAGGCCUCCUACGCAGCAAGAUGCAGGUAUCGCAAACAGUCAAGCCUCUCCUCGAGAUGGCCUCCGUGUCGUCACCAACGACCUGCAGGACAGCAGUAGGCCACAAAAGAGGCAGACGGCCCAAAGCGCAGUCGAGCCUCGCACCCAGCAACAAUCCGCCAGACGACCACCUAUGCAGGAGCCUAUGUCGGCCCGUUCUACACAGCGACCAGACCAGCAAGUUCCUCUGUCCGCCGUGAGCCGGUCAAGUGCAAGAGCUGUCUCCGCUGGAGACCGGGAGUGGGCGCCAGAUCGGUCACCUUUGCAGAAGCUGGAACUCACCAUAAAUGAUAUCAGCAAGGAGGAGAAGAGAGCUAGAGUCCAAGAAGCCGAGAUGCUGCUGAGAGAAGCCAAAGCGCGACAAGCUGGCGGCGGUGCUGGUGAUGUACCCGCAGACAGACGAGCCGUGUCAAAUCCCACGCGCGCAGGCACGAAGCGACAGCGAGAGCUGAUCAAAGCGAGAGAUGACGCACGUCCUCAGCCUACUAUCGAGGAUUCCGGCCUGGUCAGAGGCUUGAGCCAGACUCAUCGUGAUAGACUACAGCAUAGCACGACCAUCGAGAGUCAACGACCUGACGUGAGACGCAUAUCGGGCGAGGGUAAGAAGGGCUUCAACUACUCGUCUGCCGAGCCCGAUUACGAGCCUUCCCCCGUCGCAUACCCUUCAAAGCAGAAUGUUGUCCAGGACUCACGUCCUCAAGCCUCAGCUCCGACCCAGCAACCUCGAUCAGUAUCAGAUCAGCAGCGGGCUCUGCCUGGACAACAGCAACAGCAGCCGCGAUACAUUGAUGAUAGUGACAGGAGACCACUUGACCGGAACGCAUCCCACAAAGCCGCGCUGGCAAGGUUGACAGGAGCUGAUGGCACACCGCAGCGCAAUGGAUCCAGGAAACUGCAAAAGACUCCGCCAACAGACGUGCAGACCUCAAGGACGAGGCAGCAUAUUGUUCCCGCAGCGGCCACGCCUGCCACUGGUACAGCACUCGGCGCUCACGACAGAUCUGUGCCUUCGGACGAGACGACCAUCCCUCAGGUACUGACACCGCCUCCGAAGAUUCGAGAUCCGAGCAGUACAGUGGGCGGAUCACCACCUGUCAGUAGCCCAAUGUCUUCGAUGCGUCCCGUCGGUAAACGCCAGAGCAAGUCAAGCGUGACAUUCAAAGAGCCCAUCUUUUCGAAACGACCAGUGGACGAGUGGAAGGAGGCAAAGACAGCUCGCUUGACUUCAGCAGACUUUGCUCUUGACAAGCCGCAAGUGGAGCCAGUGGACAAGAGCAAAACUUGGUGGGAAGAGGGCGGUACUCAGCAACGAAGGCGUCGUCGAUCUUCCGCCUCGUUCGCGACAAGCACUCGGCCGGGCGACAUCAUCGAUAACUCUCGAGCUGAAUUUCGACCAAGGCUGUUCAUGCGUUGUGGGCCAUUGCUUCGAUACCUGGGCGCGAAACGUAUCAAGGACGAAGCAGGUCAAGUGACUGGGGAAGUUUGGCGUGGCAGUGUCAUGAUCGUCACGCAGGACACACAUUCGGACUACAACACGCCACCAACAUUGAGACUAUGGUCACAUCCCAAGAACCUACUGCCUCCGCCUCCUGAAAAGAUCGGAGGUGACCUUGCGCAGGAAUACGUGGACCCGAUUGCUGGCCUAACGAAAAUGUCCAGAAUUGGCAGGCCGCUAUACGUGCGUCCAGUAGAUCAUCUGCAGGAGGAAAGAGAUCUUUCCACGAUUGAGAACGACGAAGGACUUUACGAGAGCUCUCCCAGUCUGCUCGACACCAACGGUCAUGCAGGCAAAACAACAGCUCUUACAAAUGAUCGAAGCACUGAUCAAGACGGUGAAUCCGUUGGCAAGUAUCAAGAAGUUGCAGCUGCGAGACUAUACGCGGAUCCGGACCGCGAUGUCACGUUCUGGCGCUUCAACAUCGAGGUCGAGCUCAGCGACGUGCAGCAACACGUUUCGUACCGCAUCAAUCGAGGAGCGUCUUCCGGCUUCUGGGUUCCUGCUCGGGGUCAGUCAAUGAACAUUAUGUUCCACAGCUGCAACGGGUUCAGCUUGUCUGUCAAUCCCAACCAGUUCUCCGGCCCAGAUCCUCUCUGGAGAGACGUGCUCAAUGUGCAUCAAACUCGACCUUUCCAUGUCAUGAUCGGAGGAGGUGAUCAAAUAUACAACGAUCGCUGCACGACCGAGACACAGUUGUUUGGAGAGUGGCUGAAGAUCAGAAAUCCGACACACAAGCACAACGCGCCUUUCACAAAGGAUAUGCAGGAGGAACUGGAAACUUUUUAUCUCAACAGAUACUGUAUGUGGUUCUCGCAGGGUCUCUUUAGCAUGGCCAACAGCCAGAUUCCGAUGGUGAAUAUUUGGGACGAUCACGACAUCAUCGAUGGGUUCGGCUCCUACCCGGACCACUUCAUGAAGACGCCAGUCUUCUCUGGUGUCGGCAAUGUCGCAUUCAAGUACUACAUGCUCUUCCAGCACCAAAGUGUACCAGAAGAGACAGCUGCGCACGAGCCAAGUUGGAUCCUCGGGCAUGAGCCAGGUCCAUACAUCCACCAACCCAGCCGAAGUGUGUUCAUGCACAUGGGCAAAGAAAUUGCUUUCUUGGGCAUCGACUGUCGGACUGAGCGUAUGCGCGACGAGAUUCUCAGCAUCCGCACGUUUGAUAACCUUCUCGAGCGGUGCAGGCAGGAGAUCAUUGAAGGCGAGACCAAGCAUCUGCUUGUUCUGCUUGGUGUGCCAAUCGCCUACCCACGACUCGUUUGGCUCGAGAACGUGCUCACAAGUCGAGCUAUGGACCCGUUGAAGGCACUCAACCGAAUGGGCGUCAUGAAAACCGGCUUCUUGAAUAAGUUUGAUGGCGGCGUGGAGAUUCUGGAUGAUCUCGACGAUCACUGGACAGCGAGUCACCACAAGUCAGAGCGGAAUGACUUGAUCACAGACCUUCAGGAUCUCGCAGCUGAGAAGUCUGUUCGUAUCACCAUUCUUGGAGGUGAUGUGCACCUCGCUGCUGUAGGCCAAUUUCGAUCCAAUCCGAAGCUGAAGAUCCCGAAAGAUCACGACCAUCGAUACAUGCCUAAUGUCAUCUCAUCUGCUAUCGUCAACACUCCGCCACCCGACAUCAUGGCUGACAUACUCAACAAGCGCAACAAGGUGCACACGCUCAACAAGUACACCGAAGAAGACAUGAUCCCGAUGUUCACACACGACGUCGACAGGAGAAAACGCAACAACACACAUCUUCUGCCUCGCCGAAAUUGGUGCUCGAUACGAACAUAUGCUCCUGGAUCGACGCCACCAGCAUCUCCUGUCAGUACACUGACUCCAUCUGUCAACUCCAACGAAGACGAAAUAGACGAUUUCUCGCUUGAUCAGGACCGCGAGCCACCGAAGCGGCGCUUCUCCUUUACCCAAGAGCCGGCAAAUAUGUUUCGGAAGCUCAGCAAAAGACGCCCACCUCCAUCAGCAUUUCCGCAAGAAGGUAUCCCACAACGUUCCGCAUCCUAUGAUGGCUCGCAACCUGCCAAGAGAGGCUUCUUGGGUCGCACCUUCAGCUUGACCGGGCGGAGGUCAUCGGUCGACUCUCAGGACUCAAUAUCAAGAUCACAGUCUGUCGACCGAGCUCCAGCUCCUGUGCGGCCUGGUAUCCUUCGUCGUCCAACGAACCUGUCUGAGAAAGCCGCCAGGAAAGGCAAUGUUCCAGCGAUUGAUGCUGAGGGCAACGAGAUUGAUGUCAACGAUACCAUUAACCUUGAGGGUGGUCUCGAUGUCGUACUGAACGUCGAAGUAAACCAGAAAGACCCAGCUGGCAUCACCACGCCUUAUCGACUUCUUGUACCUGCACUAUGGUACGACGGCUCAUCUGACCGCGAGAAGCUGCCGAAUACUCCUGUUGUCGAGAAGAAGGGUCCACUGCUUGGACGUAUGUUCAGCGGUCGCAGCGGUGACAAUCGUGGUGCUGCAAAGCAAGGUCAAGGAAACUGGGGUCAGGAUCACAGUGAUUCAGAGCCGUACACGGACGAUGAGCACACUGACCCGCAGCAGCAACGUUCUCAGCAGCAGGCCCAGCCUCGUCGGAUGUUUGGCCUCUUCGGCAGUCGACGACGAAAGCAGGACGAACUGUACAGCGACGAAGAAUCCGACAUCGAGAAUCAGCCGCCCAAUGGACAAGGUGCAGCAGGUUUCAAUCAGCCUCCACAAGCUCAACAACAACCUGUCCAGCGUCACUCAUCAGCACCGCAUCCCCCAGUCCAAGUCCAUCAGCAAAACCCUGCUCCAUCACGAAGGAUGCAAAUGCCCGAGACCCACGAUGCUCUUUACGACACGACGAAUCAGCCACCUUCAUACCACACAAGCCAGCGCAUCCCGAUCGCUCAAGCCCAAGGAGCGAAGCAGAUCUCCAUCGCGCCGAGCAACAAUCGACAGGUGACGAUUGGUGGACGACAACGCGCCGCUUCUGCCGCUGCUCAACAGACCCAGCCACAGCAACCACAGGCGCAGCAGACCCGUCAGCAACAGCACGUCACAAUGGCUGCACCGCGCCCCACGCCUGGGACUGAAGGUCUCAAUGCUCACGCACAGCAGCUGCCACCGCAAGUUCCGCGCCAACACCUGGCACAGCAUCUGGCGCAGCACGGGCGAGUCGCGAGCGAUAGCUACCCAAUCCAGUCACCACCAUCGGACGACGAUAGCACUUCUGUGUCGUCCAUCUCAGACACGAAGCCAUCGCACCAGCAGCACGCUAAUCGCGCAAAGCUGGGAACCUCUGCUCCUGCUACUGCUGCUGCUGCUCCUGCUUCCGCCAGCAUACGCAGCGCGCACCAGCAUCCACCGCCCCAGCAGCACAGUCGGAACGAGCCCCUUUACAGCUCCGACGAAUCCGACACCUCCGACGAAGAAACCGCCAGCUACCAGCCGACCUACCCACAACCCGUGCCACCUCAGCGGAGACAGAGUAAACAGGAACGCUUACUCGGGAUUGGGCCUGGCGGCGCGAGCUUGCCGCCUGCCGUGGCGGAUCAGGUGCCACCGAUGCAGCGAGGGCCGCUACGGGGCAAUGGCAUCAUCGGGAACUUCUCUGGGGCGGGCGGAGGUGGUAACGAUCGGCAUAGUGCGAAUGCGUGGGCGAAUAACCCGCAUGAGCAGCAGUAUGCGCGGCAGCAGGCACGAGGUGGGUAUUCGGGGAUUGAGGCGUAUAAGGAGCCGAAGGCGCGGGGAAGGGGGUUGAGUGGGAGUUUUAGACGGGCGAGGGAUUGGUUGGAUGGCGGUGGGAGGCGGGAGAGAGAUUAUGAUUGA